ACGCCAAGGAACGCCUCCUUCGCCACACGUGUUCAGCUUGACCGGUAGGCAGGUUUGUUGUUGCAAUAUGACCUGCUAUGAGACGGCCUGAGAUAUUCUGAGGGGCAUGGCUAAGUGGACACUGACAGUGCGCAUCACGUGCUCAUGGGUGAAAACAAGCUUUGGCUAUGCCUUCUGCAGCUAGUCCGAUCCACACAGCGCGUCCAGCCCAUGUUUUGGAUUCACCACUCCACCUAAAUAGCCCUCUACGACCAUAUUCGAAACGGCUCCCUAUCACGCUCAUUCAGUCGCACACGAUACGCAUUCAUAUUCUAACCUUCGCCGCUCGAAUCCGACCAUGCCGCGCCCCAAGAGGGCAAAAGUCGCGUUGACGACCACACGCGUCGCGACAACGUCAAGCGCCACAGAUCCCGCUCCCCGCCGGCGCAUAGUCACCAAAGCGCGAAGAGACGACGCCCCCAAACCUUUGGAGAGCUUCAGCGAUGACAGCGAUGGGCUGGUGGUCAAGUCAACGCGCCCACAGAGGAGGAUGCCAUGGCAGCCAGCGCGGCAGGAGGACGUCGACCUGACAAUGACUGGCGCGCUUCCGCCAGACAACGAGGAGGAUGCACCAGUAAAAUCGAUUAAGAAUCUCACGCCACCGUCGAAGAGUACAAGACAGACACGCGCAUCCAAGGGCAGCACAAGAGGUUCUUCAGUGAGGAAAUUGUCAGCAGCAUCUUCCAGAGUCAAGUCGCGCUCUGCGCAGAAGAGGGCGCAUGACGCGCCUGCACAUGAGGAAGACAGCAGUGGCUUUGGCGAUAACCUGUUGACCUUCACAUCUCUCGAUUCGGAGUCCCCAGCCCAUGGAACACGCCCGCCAUCCGCAAUCAAAGUCGGCGCAACGCCGGCGCACGAGACAUCUAUCCUUGCGUUGACGAAUUUCAAGCGGAGGGCUAGACAACCCAGCCUCCUGCGCAUGGUGCAUCAGACCACCGAUGUUGAAGACAAUGACCUAGACGACCUGGGCGACUUGGAUGAUUUCCACCCAGAUGCUGAGUCUACGCCGCUCCGUGUACAGAAGAGCGCGCCUGGAGAGGAGGCGGGCAACAAAAGCGGACUCAGUCUUUCCAGCUCAAGUUCCCGGGGAACGAAGCGGAAGCUAUCGUCUCCCGUAGUGCAAGUCCCACGUUCUUCUCCACCGUAUGAUCCCCCAUCUGGUCCUGACGUAGACUCGCGGUCACCAUCUCCAAGUUUGCCGGAAGUAGUACAAAGUACCGAAGAGGCACAGGAAAACGUGGACCGAGCCCAGCCAGACAUCCUCAGCGAGACGAUGGCACCGCCUAUGUCCAGCAGUGAUUAUCCGGUGGACGAGAUUGAGGACCCUCCGGAGUCUGCCGUCAGGCCGCGACAGAGCAGAAGACGAGGAACAGCGAAGAACGCAGGGAAGGACGUCGAAUCAGGUUGUGAAGAGACGGAUGGCCCGAAGAAAGCGAAAGGGAGACAGAAAGCACGAAGGAAUCACGGCAUAUCCACGGCGAAGCUGCAAGCACUCCUUCCGCGACGGCGAACCCGAAUGCCGCAAGAGGACGAAUAUGAUUUGCAAUCUUCAGAUGAUGGGUUCCCGGCUGACUCGGAUCAAGAUGAGCUGCAAUUGCCACCGCGUCGCCUGGCGCCCACAGCUCGGAAAUCAGCAGCUCCCAAAUCGACCAGAAAAGUAUCACGCGCGAAGAAAAGUACUACGGCAACCAAACCUGCUCAAGAGAACACAAGGACAUACAGCCGUCGGACUUCUUCUGACAAGGAGAACGGAGCUGCUGUUGAGCUUGAAGAAGAUAGCGACGAGAUUGAGGAGACGACAGAGCCUUCCAUUACCAGACCUUCGGCCACUCUUGAAGCGAUCGCUAAGAAGUUCGAGGAGGUCGAUGCAUUUGAGAUGGAAUUCGAAAGCGUCAGCUACGUCGAGCAGAGCUCUAGUCCUUGGCGAUGAGGCCGAUUCAUUCCUGGGUUGCUUUUCGCCGCGGCGCUCAAUGGGUAUUCUGGAUGUGGAUGGAAUGACUACCUGCUGGGUUCGAUGAAUGAAUGAUGAUAUACCUAGGGUACUCGGCUAGUUUGCUCUG